CGAAACUCAAGGAAGAGGGAUAGUUUAAGGCUGAAGCAAUUCUAUGGCGAGUAGAGACCUCAUUAUGACCUUUUUUGGGACGGGGGCAAUGAAGCCUUCAUUACGUCGUGGAACGAGCGCGAUGGGAAUGUUCCUCCCAACGAAACGAGGUUCAGAAAGUUGGUUAUUCGAUUGUGGAGAAGGCACGUUCCGUCAGUUGUGCAUUUUCAACAAGAGUUCGAAGCGGCACAUUGUGAACAAGUCGCAUCUACAGUCUUUAGAAAACUUCCGGUUUGGUUGUAAUAAGCUAAAUCGGAUUUUCAUCACGCAUCUCCACGGAGAUCACAUUUUUGGUCUUCCCUCUGUCAUUUUAGGCAUCAAUUUUGAGAAAAAUCCAGAAUUGCUAAGGGAAUCGCCGAUCCACCUCUAUGGACCUUCUGGCUUGGGGAACUACAUCAGCAGUUGUUUUGAUGUGUGCGAAUCGCAUAUCCAAUGCAAUAUCGAUAUCACAGAGCUCUGUCUCCCAGAUCAACCUUGUAGUACUCUUCCUGCUAGUGGAAUCAACAGAGAUCGCAUCACCGUAAGAGCGCUGUAUCCCAACGACAAAUUCGAAUGGAAAUGUGUGUCUGAGGACUUUGGCAGCGUUUUGGCGGGAAUUGUUUCUCAUCCCAUUACCACAUUUGGAUACUCUUACUUUGAAAAGGACCAGCCAGGGAACGUAAAUGCAGAUGUCGUGGUGCCUCUUCUCCAAAGAAACAAAAUCGAAAUCGAAAAGUCAGGCGGAACCAUUUAUGAUGUGUUGAAACGCUUUAAGAGCGGAGAAAUAUGCGUUUUACCCGAUCAAACCGUUCUCGAUCCUUCCAAUCGUGAACUCAUCUCGGAAGUGAAAAAAGGAAGGCAUAUUUCGAUCCUCGGCGACACUAGAAAUCCACAACGCAUGGCCGAUUUGAUUCGUGGCUGUGAUGUUUUGGUGCAUGAAGCGACGGUCGGUCCCUUACCCCAGGAUUUUGAGCGAUCCGAACACAUCAUUGGGAAUAUGCAGCUCCAACCGGACGCCAUGGAAGCCACGGCCGCGCUGAGUUGUAAGCAGCGUCGCUUGCUGGAGAAGAAAGUCCAUUCGAAAGGACACAGCACUGCGAUUGAGGCUGCAGCGUUUGCGAGGGAGAUGAAAGCGAAGCAAUUAAUACUGAACCACAUCUCCAAUCGCUACGACUAUUUGGACGAUCUUCACUACUUUCGAACGAUUCAGCAUAUGAAAAGCAUCGCAAUGGUAGAGAGAAGCGAGGUUUUGGAAUUACUGUGUAGGAAGAGUUUGGGGCUCCCGACGUGUAUAUUCCAGAGGAUUUUCAUUCUUUUGUUCUCGACGGGGCGUGCCGCGGCUCGCAAUAGCUGUUUUUACGUAGUUUAG